UUAAAGUACCAGACUCUUCCUCGAGGCCAAACCAGCUACUUUUGGCAGACGGGUUUCUUGUGCCAUCUCCUGAUUUGCAGUAACCAAGACAUAUUCACAGCUUAAAACCAUGGCAUCCCAAAAAGAGAAACCACUUUCUGCUAAUGUUGCUGCUUCACAGCAUUCAUUUCAAGUCAUCCUAAUGGCUAUUAUUCUCAUGUUGGUUUCUUCUUGUUUAGCACCUUCAGCUUCAGCUGCAGGACCGGAAGCAGAGGCUCUCCUGAAUUGGAAGGCUAGCCUUGACAACACAAGCCUGUCUCUCUUGUCUUCAUGGGUUGGAAACAGCACUUGCAAUUGGGAUGGGAUUGGUUGCAACAAUAUUGGAAGCAUCACUCAGAUAAACCUCACUGGUUCUGGUUUAAGAGGUACACUUCAUUCAUUCAGUUUCUCAUCUUUCCCCAGUCUCCUAAGCCUUAACUUGAGCCAUAACUCAAUUUCUGGAAGAAUCCCAUCAGAAAUAGGUUUUCUGAAAAGUCUUCAAAUCCUUGAUCUUUCUGAAAAUAACCUUAAUGGGUCCAUUCCCCAUGAAGUUGGUUUAUUGGGAAACUUAACCAUUCUUUCUCUUCAUAACAAUGAACUUUCUGGAAAUAUCCCUCUGGAAAUAUGUAUGCUGAAUUCACUCAGUGUGAUUCAUAUAGAGAAAAACAGUCUCACAGGUUCAAUUCCAGAAUCAAUUGGAAACCUGUCAAACUUAACUGUUCUAGCUCUUCAUCGCAACAAUUUCUCUGGCUCAAUUCCUUCAAGCAUAGGAAACCUGACUAGGCUGAAGGAGUUGUACCUGAUGGGUAAUCAAUUAACUGGAACCAUUCCAAAUGAAGUAGGAAAGCUUCAGUUUCUUACCCUUCUAGGGUUGGUAGAUAACAGACUAAAUGGCUCCCUUCCUUUAGAAUUGAGCAAUCUUAAAUUUUUGAAGCACCUGUGGCUGAGUGGCAACAACUUGUCUGGUAAUAUUCCCCCAGAUUUAUGCAGUGGUGGAUUACUUGAAAUGUUUACAGCACAUCACAAUCAGUUGACAGGCCUCAUGCCUACAAGCUUGAGAAACUGCACCAGCUUAGUUAGAUUGAGGCUUGAAAGAAACCAGCUAACAGGAAACAUAAAUGAAGAGUUUGGCAUUUAUCCAAAAUUAGUUUAUGUCGACCUCAGUUAUAACAGAUUCUAUGGAGAACUUUCUGAAAACUGGGGAGAGUGUCAAAACUUACAAAGCUUGAAGCUCAGCAAUAACAGAAUUUCCGGAAGAGUUCCUCAGUUUGAGGGAUCAAUUCAGCUGCAUAUACUUGACCUCUCUUCGAAUAAUCUCACUGGGACAAUCUCAAGGGAACUAGGGAGGUUGACAUCCUUGUUCAACCUUAACCUGGGUGAUAAUAAACUUUCGGGUAGUGUUCCACCAGAAAUUGGAAUGUUAACCGAUCUACAACAACUUAACUUAGCAGCCAAUGAUUUCAAUGGACCAAUUCCAGAACAAUUAGAUGGGUGCAGAGAGUUACUGAACUUGAAUUUGAGCAAAAAUAAAUUCAGUGAGAGCAUUCCUCUUCGGAUGGGAAGCAUGCAUUCUCUUCAAGUUCUUGAUCUUAGUCAAAAUUCCCUGAUGAAGGAAAUACCGCCACAGCUUGGACAAUUGGUAAAGUUGGAAGCAUUGAAUCUCUCCCAUAAUGAGCUCUCUGGUUCAAUCCCAUAUACCUUUGAUAAUAUGUUGAGCUUGACAGUUAUUGACCUAUCCUUCAAUCAUUUGGAGGGUCCUCUUCCCAACAACAAAGCAUUCCUUGAGGCUUCAGCUGUAGCUUUUGUGAAUAACACAGGCCUGUGUGGUAAUGCCACUGGUUUGAACACUUGCCCGUCUGAAACAAGAGGAGGGAAAAAGGGCAGCAAAUCAGUUAUAUUCAUCAUAGUCUUUGUUUUAGCCAUCCUCUUUUUUGCAUUUGUAGUAUUUGGGAUUCUUUGUGUGUGUUGCUAUUCGCAAGAAGCGCAAAAUGAAAACCAAUUCGCAGUUUGGAGCUAUGAUGGAAGAUUGGAGUAUGAAGACAUCAUUGAAGCUACAGAGGAAUUCAACUCCAAAUAUUGUGUAGGAGUGGGAGGGAAUGCAAGUGUUUAUAAAGCUGAGCUGCAAACAGGUCGGAUUGUUGCAGUAAAGAAACUUCACAUUGUACAAGAUAGUGGAGUAGCAAAUUUCAAGGCUUUUGAGAAUGAGGUUCGUACUCUUUCAGAAAUUCGUCACCGCAACAUAUUGAAGCUCUAUGGUUUUUGUUCACAUCCACAACACCCUCUUUUGGUUUACGAUUUCAUAGAAGGGGGGAGCCUGGAAAACAUAUUGACUGACGAAAACCAUGCCUUUAAGUUUGGAUGGAUUGAGAGAGUGAAUGUUGUCAAAGAUGUGGCUAAUGCAUUAUCUUAUAUGCAUCAUGAUUGUUCACCUGCAAUAUUGCAUCGAGACAUAUCGAGCAAGAAUAUCUUGCUGGACUUAGAGUAUGGGGCUUAUGUCUCGGAUUUUGGUACAGCUAAGCUCUUGAAGGCUGACACUUCGAAUUGGACUUCAUUUGCAGGCACAUUUGGAUACAGUGCUCCAGAGUUGGCAUACACAAUGGAAACGAAUGAGAAAUGUGAUGUUUAUAGUUUUGGAGUGGUAGCAUUAGAAGUGAUCAUGGGAAAGCAUCCUGGAGAUCUCAUCUCCUAUUUUUUGUCACUCUCAUUAACAUCAACAGCCCAACCUAUACAACUCAAGGACGUUUUGGACCCCCGCCUCUCACCUCCUGGAAAUCAUGUUGUUGAAAAGGUGGUCACUGUUGUAAACCUUGCAUUUGCUUGCUUGCGAACAAAUCCACAAUCUCGACCAACCAUGCAACAAAUUUCCCAUGAGUUGUUAUUUUGAAGGACUCCUCUGCCAAAGAUAUUAGAAAAGAUUAGCUGAUUAUUCUUGAUGAGGACCUGUGGUAGCUUCUUUGAAUGUAAAUCUGUGUGUAAGAUUUAUCCAAAUCAAAUUACACCCCUCUUCCGCACAUGUUUAAUUUCUAUAAUAGUAGCUCUCAGGAACCUUGGGUUCAAAGUCAAAUCAAUUUUUGAUGCCAGGACUGUGAUACUAACAUACUGAUGAAUUUUUUUCACAUGUAACAAUAAUACAUUGUAGGCAUACGAAGUUCGUGUCAGCCUGUUGUUUGUUAUUACUUGUCUGGAAUAUGAAUUGAAAUAGUCUUCGCUUCUAA